AUGCCUGUCUUUCCUUCACAAAGAAUAUCAGUACCUGGAUCAAACGGGAACGCAUUCGCCCACAUUAACCUUCCGUCCGACCACUUGAGAUUUCUUAUGGCAAACCCAAAGAAAUCCAAGUUGAUCUCGUCCAUGCCCGAUCGUACCCCAAACCAAUCGAUCUGUUUGGAACAAGGUGAAAAGUGGAGAACCCACCAUCUCUUUCAGCAGCCUAUGCACACUGUAAAUGGUAUAGAUGUCUGGUUUGGAAACAUCGUUUACUUGAAGACAAACGAUUGCAGCAUCCGCUUUUUGGUUGAAUCGUUCCACACGGCAAAUAAAAACAUUUUUGCGAGAGGGUAUCUGGUCAGAGCAAUUUCGAUUGUAUGCUAUGGCGUUGAGGUUGCUGUUACCGAUUUUAGAGUAGAGCAGAUCUCUCACGUUGACACCACUCCUGUUGAAAGAGAUCACUACUACAGUAUCUCAAGUAGCCUUACCAGAUUGAGUCCUGCUCAUGACUUUCUUCUUUUUGGAGUUCAUCCAAUGAAGAAGCCUAUGCCUCUUUCUGUUUUGCCCGGUAAUGUAGAUCGCGAUGCAGUGUUUUACAAAGUUAGGAUUGUUUCAAUCAUCCUUUUUACAAACGACACUUCCGGCAAUCGUUCAAAGCAGUACAAUCCGUUUGAAAGCUGGUUAAUGAGAUGCGCUGCCUUGCCUUUUAAGGAUCGAAAUUCGAUAGCAAACAUCCAGUUUCUUUCUACAAUCCCUAAGAAAGAUGGUGCAAAUGGUAUGUCUCUUCUGCCAGCAAUCGUUGAUGACUUUAAGAAACUCGAGAAAGGUGUAAAAAUGUUCUCCGCUGAAGACAAUGAGUAUGUUCUGGUUGUUGCUCCCAUCCUUUGGAUUGAGGCUGACACGCCAUGUCAUUCGGAACUUUGCGGAUUGCUUGGGCCGGCCACCACAUUUCCUUGCAGAAGAUGCUACAUCGAACUUAGACGUGCAAAAGUCUUUGUGAAGGACUUGUUCUACUUCUGUGAGUGCCAUGAGAGACGAACUCGAGAGCACUAUGUUCUUGCAAACUCGUCACCUGGCAGAGACACUGAGAUCCCAAAUGCUCCGAAAAUUGGAAUGAACACGCCUGCAAACAAGAUAAGCUUUAGAGAUCGUUCGACUGGCCGCUUAUUAGAAUUGCAGUCGUUUGAUCCAGAAAAGGAUACACCAGUGGAAAUCCUCCACACGAUACUUCUUGGUGUUGCAAAGUAUAUGGUGAUUGACUUGGUUAAGGUCGUGCUUAAGAAUGACACAGCCACAAUAGCAAGACUUUCAGAAUUCUUGACAGAUUACACGCGAUCAACUGGUCUAUCAAGAAAGUUCACCCGAAACUUGAGACAUAGUGGUUCAUUCCUCGGUAGAGAUUUCAAGGUUCUGCUUCAAAUACUUCCUGUAAUUCUGAUUACAGAAUUCUCUGGAAAUCAUGAGCUAGACCUUAUAAUACCAUGCUUUGUUGAACUUGGCCGAUUGUGUUCUCUGGUAUUCGUUCGUCAGGUGACAUCAGACUUUGAUAACUAUAUUAUCAGAGUAGAUAAUGCAGUGAAGUGCUUGAUCAGAGCAUUAUUUGACUACGAUAAAGGAACCAAGAACGAGCUCCACAAGGCAUAUUGCACCAAGCCGAAAGUUUAUUACUUGACACAUCUCAAGGAAGAUAUAAUUCGUUUUGGCCCAGCCCUCAAUUAUGAAACAGAAAAGGGCGAACAGUUCAAUAAGCACAUUCGCGAACAUCUGUUUCAUACGAAUCGCCAAAACACUUCCAGGGAUGUUUGCCUAAAGUUUGCAAAGCAGGUAGCAUUGCAACAUGUAAUUGACGGCGGGUCGUGGAUUAAUAGCUCUGGCAACCGAGAGAAGUCUGGAACUGGAAUAGAGAGGUUCAUUAAGGACAACAAUGAAUCUUUGUUCUAUUACACCUUCUUUGGCGGCUCGAGAGAGCUAAAGGACAACAACGACACUGGAGAUAUUGAAGAUGACGCCGUCCAAAACAACAGUUUUGGCGCGUUUGUUUUUAAAAAUGAUCCAAUCUCUCGCCCUCGUAUAGGACUUGUCUCAGGCUCUGUUGUUAAGUUUCUUAGCAUUGUUCCUCGUACGGAUAAUGACAGAAACAAUAACUAUGCCAAGGCUGUAAUGACAGGUGAGCAUUCUGAUGUUGCUAACAUGAAUCUCGUUUGUAAGUUAGAUUUGCACAUUUUCCGCAACCCAUUUUACAUUGUAAAUUUGAGCAAGUUCGGUUCCUACUGGUUCAUUUUCAAUAAUAUUCUUUUUGAUGAAUAA